CUCAGUCAUUGUGAUCCUGGAGGAAACUAAAAUCAGGUCCAAUCAAGCAUUCCUAAGUGCCCUUCAAAGCUGGUUUCCCACAUCAGAACAGCAUCAGUCAACAACCUAGAUUGAAUAUUCCAUGUGAGUAUAAUGAGACAGAAAGUCUAGGCAAAAGCUUGACAAAAUAUACAUUGUUUGAUAGGGUUUAGAGACUGACCUAAAUAUCACUUCUGCGAGCCACAGUACGCGGUGCAUUUCCCAGAUGGGAAGGCUACCAUACAAGACGUCUUUUAAAAAGCAACCUAUGAACAGGUGGUACCAGCUUUUGAAAUCUAGCCAUUGCAGGCAUAUGUCUACCCGUUCAGUGUUUCUGUCAUACGAGUUUUUAUUUCGUCUUCCGUCACUUUGGAAUAUAAGGAAACUUCCUGCUGCGGCCAUGCGAGGCUGCUUGAUAGGCUACUGCGAUCAGGAAGGCUAAAAGCUAAAUGAAGGCGAUGUUAGCGAAAAUGGUUACUUUACUUGUAUUUAUGUGUGUGGUUAUGUCAGUUACACUCAAGGCCGAAGAAAGUUCCAAACGCAACCUCAGCUUGUUACGCUUCAAGAGACAAGAUUGUCCAGAUGGUACAUAUGAACAUGAGGGGGUGACGUGUUGUCGUUGUGCUCCUGGUCAACGACUACAGAAGCACUGCACUCUUAAACCGGACGAUCGGAUUUGUGACUUCUGCACAACUGAGGUGACCUACAAUAGUGAGCCCACUUUCUUGGACUCCUGUGAACCAUGCAGUUCCUGUGACCCUAAAGCUAACCUUGAGGUGGAGGACAAAUGCACUAUCCGCAAGAACACAGUGUGUCGCUGCCAGAAGGGCUACUACUGUGACAGGGCGAAGGAGGACUGUACAGCCUGCCACCUUUGCAAAACGUGUGGGGAGAAUGUUGUCAAGGUUCCCUGUACAGCCACAAACAACACAAUAUGCCAUGAAGGCCAAAAGGAUUCUGAUUCUGAAAACAAUUAUGGUAGGAGGAUGGCGAUAGCUGUCACGUCGACCCUUGUUUUUAUUGCUGCUGCUGCUGGUUUGGGGGUUUUUUGUUGGCGAAAAAAGAAAGCAUGUUUUGCUCCAAAGGUUAAACCGACUGACAGUGGAACAGGACAGAAAAUACCACUUCUGAGAGGUGUCAUCCUCACGCCUCACAUCCCAGACAUAACCACAGUAGUGGGAUGGAAGAAUAUGAGGGAUGUGGCCAUGCGCUGUGGGAUGAGUCCCACUGAAAUUGAGUCUCAUCAGCUAAACUCACCAGACAGUAAUGAGUGGUGCCAGGGUCUUCUGAAUGCCUGGGUGGAGAAGGAAGGUUCCCAAGCAGCCGAAAAACUGGUUCUGAACCUCCGGCAGAUAAAGAAGAAGACCACAGCAGAGCGUGUGGAGGCAAUACUUGGGACCAUGGAUGAAAAUGGGCACAACAGAGAGGGUAAAGAACAGGUUGAAAAGGCUUGACCUAGUUCCAUCUGAACACAUGGACUUGGGUUCUCUCAAAUAUAUAUGAUAUGUGCGGAGAUGUUCUUGGAGCAGGACUGACCCCAGCCUGUGUGAUGGAAAGACAAUGUUUAUGUAUGUUAUAUGGAAAAUGAGGCUAUUUUACGGUGAUGUAAAUGGAGAUGCAGCUUGUAUGGCUUAUAGCAUGGUAAAGACUGCAUCAUUUUGUCAAGUGUCAAUGGCCCUCUUUUUAUAACGUCUGGCCCAUACCCUUUGAGAGAUGAUCUCAAUAGUUGGUUUGAUGAUCAAACGCUGUGUUUCUGUAAAUAUAGUUUUGAACGAUUGGGCACAUGUUAGUGUUGUAUGAUGUUUGUCUUCCAGAAGUGUCAAACGUAAGCUUCUCUCACAGUUGAGUUAUGACAGGUUUACAGGCCAUUGAGUCACAAUUUAACUCACACUCCACACACAUCAUAGUGUACAUAGUGUCAUAAAUAGUAAUCUUUCCAGGCAA